ACCUAACCAUGGAAAAUCCCUUCUCGUAAACCCUAGUCUCUCUCUCUCUCUCUCUCUCUCUCUCCCUCCCUCUGUAAUCGAUCUGCCCAUGGGAACACCGGAGACGUCAAGGGAACCCUGCCCGGACCGGAUCCUGGAUGACGUCGGUGGCGCUUUCGGGAUGGGGGCGGUUGGCGGCUCCGCCUUCCACUUCCUGAAGGGUGUCUACAACUCCCCAAAGGGCGAGCGCCUGAUCGGCGGCUCGCAGGCCGUGAGGAUGAACGCGCCGCGCAUCGGGGGCAGCUUCGCCGUGUGGGGCGGGCUGUUCUCGGCCUUUGACUGCACCAUGGUCUACGCCCGCCAGAAGGAAGACCCUUGGAAUUCCAUCAUCGCCGGCGCCGCCACCGGCGGCUUCCUCCAGAUGCGCCAGGGCCUGCCCGCCGCCUCGCGCUCCGCUCUGUUCGGCGGUGUCCUCCUCGCGCUGAUCGAAGGCGCUGGAAUCAUGCUCAACAAGGUCCUCAGUCCGCCGCAGAACUUGCCGAUCAUGUUCGAAGACCCCAUGCCUAACGCUAACAUUCCUGCCGGUGCUCAGGCUUCCGAACCUUCGUCAGCCUGGUUCGGAGGGUGGUUUGGCGGGAAGAAAGAGGAAGCGAAGCCGGCCGGUGGAGUCAAGACUGAGAUCCUGGAGAGUUUUGAGUCGCCCAUACCACCGACCUUCGAGUUCAAGUGAGAAUCUGGGGAAACUAGAUUUUGUUAUUCAGAUAUUUUUUUUGCGAGUUUUGGGUCUUCAUUUUGUCGGGGAUUGCAUCGAGUGUAUUAUUUUUGUUGCUAUUAUUAAUUUUCUUAAUAUUAUCUGCCAUAGUCGAUAGCCAAUGUAUACUUCUGUAGACUAACUCAAUUGUCUGAAGCCGGGUGGUUUUAUGAUUAUAGAUUCCAUAACAGGUAAAAGAAAUCUUUUGUUUG